GAGGCAUCAACAAAAAGGAAAAACAAACAGAAGGGGGAAAAGAAGAAGAACGCAAGGAACUGAAUUAGGACAGGAGCAGGAGCCGAAGAGGAAGAAGCAGAGAAGGGAGAUCCAAGAAGAGGGGGAGGAGGAUACAUGGAGGCGGCGAUGGAUCUGAUGCGGCGGAUGCCGCCCGGGAGCACCGAGAUGGCGCUCAACGCGCUCCUCUCCCUCCUACCUGACCACUCCCUCGACCUCCUCUCCCAGGUCGACCUACCGCUCCAGGUUUGCAUGGAUAAGGAGAACAAUAAGGAAUACAUCCUUUGCGAGUAUAACCGCGACGCCGACUCCUAUCGAUCACCUUGGUCAAAUAUAUAUGAGCCUCCUUUAGAAGAUGGGACUGUUCCCUCAGAUGAGAUGAGGAAUCUUGAGAUUGAGGCAAAUGAGGUUUUCUCUGUCUACCGUGAUCAGUACUAUGAAGGUGGAGUCUCAUCUGUGUAUAUUUGGGAGGAUGAAGACGAGAGUUUCAUUGCAUGCUUCUUAAUAAAGAAAGAUGGACAAGGAAAAAGAGGUCACAUGCAAAUAGGUUCGUGGGACGCUAUUCAUGUUAUCCAGGUUGGAUCUGAAGAGGAAGGAGCAGCACAUUACUGCUUGAACAGCACUGUCAUGCUGUCAUUGACAACAGAUAACAUGCAAUCUGGCAUGUUCAACCUGUCUGGGUCGAUUAGGCGGCAGAUGAGCAUGACUCUUGCUGUGGCAGAUGGGCAUCUGGUCAAUAUGGGAAAAAUGAUAGAAGAGAUGGAAGGCAAGCUGAGAAAUUCUCUUGACCAGGUCUAUUUUGGGAAAACCAGAGAGAUGGUUUGCAGUCUCCGGCCACCACCCGAAGUGCUUAACAUGAGACUACCCGACAGCUGAUACAUAGAAAUGCGAAUUUAAUAGAGGAACAUAUAUCAUCGUAUUAUCGCCGAACGCCAAUGCUUAGCCCGUUUCAUUUUUCUCGACACUGUAAUCUGUAUAUCAGUCAGCAUGGUGAGGCUAAUAUGGAGGAGCCGGAGAUGUUCCAUGGCAGUUGUUGGCAGGCUUUAGAAAUGCCACUGCUACCUGUAGUAGCAUUCGCUACCCUUGUUCUGUGCUAAGAAUAUACCCAAUUAAACUCGGCUCAAGCAUCUUCACUCUACAUUUCGUAAA